CGAAGAUGGCGGCUAGUAAGUGCGGGCGUCCCAGGCGCGCGGGGGCUCGGGUAAUUUCAGGAGCGCUCCCCUCCCCGGGCAGAGACCGGGAGAAGGACUCGCCGCCUACCUCAAGAAUGCCUGGGGCAAGGAGCCGGUGCUGGUCGCAUCCUUCACCAUCACGGGACUCGUGCCGCCACCUCCUGGGCCUCACCCUGUGUCUCUCCACAGCUAUAAUUCUGCCCCUGUUCAGCCCCUACACCAAGUACUCCAGCAUGAUCAACCAGGCCACCCCCUACUGCUACCCAGGCCAGCACCGGAGCUGUGCUGGUCUCAACGGCCCACCAUCCCGUCUCACAGUGCCCCUCCGAGAUGAUGGGAAUAUGCCCGACGUGCCCAGCCACCCUCAGGACCCCCAAGGCCCCAGCUUGGAGUGGCUGAAGAAACUGUGAGCACCUCCACAAUGGCUCCCCUGUGGCCGUCAAUAAAAACCUGAAAAGCUG